AUGGCUCGCGACCACCGGAUCGAAUCGGUGCCCGAGCUUCCCCUGGUGAUCGGUGAUUCAGCCGAGAGCAUUGAGAAAAUAUCGGCGGCGAUUGAUAUUCUGAAGCAGGUCGGUGCUUAUCCUGAUGCGGAGAAAGCGAAAGACAGCCACGCUAUUCGUCCCGGGAAGGGUAAGAUGAGGAACCGCCGAUACAUUUCUAGGAAGGGCCCCUUGAUCGUCUACGGCAUGGAGGGUGCAAAGCUCGUCAAGGCGUUCCAGAACAUUCCUGGGGUUGAGGUCGCUAAUGUAGAUAGACUUAAUCUUCUGAAACUCGCUCCCGGUGGCCAUCUUGGGAGGAAUUCUCAACUCGGUCCCUUCUCCCCUUGCUUGUCUCAAUCUCCGGCCAAGAAAUCAGGAUUUGGGUCUGCCAAUUCCGGCCUCGAUGCACCCAACUCUCCCCGGAUUUUCACUGACUGCCUCUCCGCCACCGAAAUGGAGCUUUCUGAAGAUUACACUUGUGUUAUAUCCCAUAGACCCAUUCUCUCUCUAGCAUGGCAUGCAUGGUCACCUUUGGGUGGCCACUCUUAA